UACUUUAUUUCUUUUGACAGGAAUUACAGUACUUUAUCAAGAUAAUUAUCUACUAUCAGAAAAAAAACAAAAAAUAAAAACAUUAAGACAACAAUCUCUAAUUUAAUCCAGCAGAAAAGUCGACCAACUACUUACCCAUUACUCCAAUUUUCAUCCGAUUCCAACAAAAAAAUAAUAAAAAUUUCUCCCAUCUCUCUUACCAUGGUCAACGUCUUCUCCUAGCUCAAAUGGCAAAGAAUGAGAGAGAAAAAUUAAGGAAAGGUGUAGGAGAGAGAAAGUCCUUAAUUAGGUUAAUGUGGAGGUGGAACUGUGCUCCUGAGCUCAAGCUCAUCUUUACGAUCCUCCUCCUCUUUUGUUCCAUCGCCACUCUCUUACAAUUCCUCCCCACUCGUUUUUUUCCAUUCUCCACCAAUGUCACCUCUUGUCCAACUACCUCCAUUUCUACCCCAAUCAUUUCUUCCGACAAAUCUCCAUCUCCACCCAAACAACCUUCUGAUCAGAUCCUCGACAACGGUGUCAUCAAACGAUCCUUCUACCCUGUUGGGACCGCCGCCUACAAUUUCGUCUUAAUGUCCGCAUACCGCGGCGGUCCCAACACAUUCGCAAUCAUGGGACUCUCUUCAAAACCCCUUCACAAUUACGGACACCCGAGUUAUAUGUGCGAGUACCAAUCAGAACCACCACCAACUCCUACUGCAUCUGGGUCUUCUAAUAAUAAUAUGAUAGUUCCUGGAGAGAAACUUUCUUUCCAGGACUUUGGGUACGCUCGUGUGUACCUUGUAAUUGUUGUCAAUUGUACAUUUCCACGUGGGAUGGACCCUUCUAGAGGUGGCCGUCUACUUCUUCAUGCCUCGACUAAUGGAGGGUUUGAUCAAGCUGUAAACUCAACUGACACGAUCAUUGCCUUAGAGGAAUCCCCUAAUUCGUGGGACCCCUCCCAAUUUGUAACGCCCCCAAAAUACGAGUUUCUCUACUGCGGAGGGUCUCUUUUUGGCGACCUUAGCCCUCAACGGGUACGCGAAUGGAUCGCGUACCAUGUGAGGUUGUUUGGGAGUGAGUCCCACUUUGUGUUUCAUGAUGCUGGUGGGGUACACCCUGAAGUGAUGGAGGUGUUGAAACCGUGGAUGGAGCUUGGGUUUGUUACUGUACAUGAUGUGAAAGAGCAAGAGAGAUUUGAUGCUUUUUAUCAUAAUCAGAUGCUUAUUCUUAAUGAUUGCUUGCAUCGACAUCGUUUUGCUACUAAGUGGAUGUUUUUCUUUGAUGUGGAUGAAUAUAUUUAUUUGCCUGGUAAAUCGUCUCUUCAGUCUAUAAUGGAUUCGCUCAAGGAUUACACUCUCUUCGUAAUUGAGCAAGUUUCUAUGUCUAAUCGACUCUGCCUUUCUGAAGAUGCCGCCCAAAUUUCCAAGAAAUGGGGAUUCGAGAAGCUGGUGUACAAGAACGCUAAAAAAGCGAGGAGAGACAACAAAUACGCCAUACAGCCACGGAAUGUAUAUGCGACAGGAGUUCACAUGUCGGAGAACUUUGUGGGUAAGUCCACCCGGUUGCCUAAUACACUAAUGAAGUACUUUCACUACCAAGGCACGGUUGCGGACCGACAUGAGCCUUGCCGGCAGUUCCUUGAUAACCCUUCUAUCAAGGUGGAAAACACCCCUUAUGUUCAGGACACUAGCAUCAGAUCUGUUGCCCCUUUUGUCAAGAGGUUUGAGCUUGAUACCAUUGGUUCUAGGCUUCAAUCAACCAAACUAUAGUCCUAGCACAGUAGCACUUGAUUCCAAAGUUCGUUUUGGUCAUUUUUCUUAUUAUAUGUAUAUUUUUGUUUGCUCCUAUAGUUUUCUUUUUGUUAAUACAUGGAGAAUGUGGUAGAUCCAUAGACCAUAGGUGGAAAUAUUAUAUUCUUUUUUUUCUUUUGGGGGGUGGGGGGUUAGGGGGAUGCAUAGCGAAAUUCAAUAAUUUUUGAUUAAACAGUAUUCUUUGAUAAUUGUUCUGUUUAUUGUUAGAAUACCAAGAGAAUUUAUCUUUUCGUGAAUUAUACUUAGAGUUGGGAGAGAACCAUUACUUUGGAAAUGCAAUCAGUGUUCUUUUUAAUUUGUUUACCUCACGUUUGCUAUGUAUUACUUGACCUCACAUAUCUAUAUCUAUAUCUAUAUCUAUAUCUAUAUCUAUAAAUAAGAAAACCAAAACCUGGACCCUGCAUAUGACCUAUCUACUUAUCACCCUCUCAAUGUACAAGGUGAUGCCAGCGGAGAGAGUGUUACAUUACUAUUGCUCUUCCCAAAAAUAAAUGAUCAGUGUUCGAACUCUCAAUCCAUCACAAAGGAUGGAUUGUGGCACGAGUGCAGCUUGGCAUACGUCAAUGGAGAUGAGACACUCUCCUGUUGAAGGAUAUGAUCAGUGUAAACAAGCUUCAAGUUCAGCCUCAGAAGCUCAGGCUACAAGUAUGGAUUUUCAAAAGUUAUCUUAUGUCUCUUUGUUAGUACCUCCAAGGACCUCCUCUUGCUCGCCGGCAAAGUCUACUCCAUGGGUCAACAAUCAGUCUACCAACAAGAUGAAAAUCUCCUCCUGGUUGCACUCCAGCAUCAAAAGACGGCAUAAUGCGGUAAAGUGUAGAAGUCGCUCUGUUAUUAACCCUUGGUUUUGCAUGGUGUGUUUUAUCCAAGAAAAGUCCAUCAUGCUUUAUUGAGGAUGUUUACUAUCCUUGUAGGAAGAAAUGUUAUGAUCCUUCCCCCCAUGUUUUAGUAGCAAAUUCUGUUCAUGAUGACUUAAUUAUGGAGGGUUAAUAUGCCCUCUUAGGUGUAUUUCGAGUUUUAUUAAUGCAAGUUUUUCUGAUGUAAAAAAAAGCUAUAAAUAAGAAAAAUUAUAUAAUUUGUACUUUUUCUA